GAGGGGUUGGUGUGACGAAUAAUAUCAUACCACUAACUCAAUGCCAAUUACUCUCCCCUACUUAUACAUACAAAACAAGUUUCAAACUCCAUUAAUGGCGCAAAGGAAAUGUCAAAAGUCCUACAACUACAAUUGCCAUUUGCUAUGAUCAACAUCCUCUAAGAAGAAGAUUUAUAUACACCGAUCGAUGGAACCACAAUUGCCAGGUUCGAUCGGGACAAGCACGAGUUUAGCCAUAAGAUUGGGACAAGCUCUCUUUUCGGUUGCAUCUCUUCUUUUCAUGUGCGUCGGCGUGCAGUUUUACGCGUAUACUUCUUUCUGCUUCUUGGUGACGAUCAAAGGUUUAACGAUCCCAUGGAGUUUGACACUCGCAAUGGUGGAUGCAUACUCUGUGUUUGUAAAACGGCCAUCUCGCCAGUUGCAAAUAGUUUUUAUCAUCGUUAUGGGCGAUUGGAUUCUUUCGUUCCUGUCGCUUGCAGCUGCAUGCUCAACAGCUAGUGUAUCGGAUUUCAUGGUUACAGAAGCGGGUGCCUUGUUUUGUGGUGGAAAAAUGUGCAACAGGUAUCGGUUAUCGGCUGCCAUGGCCUGUUUGUCGUGGUCAUUGUCGCUAGCUUCGGCUCUGUUUAAUCUUUGGCGUUUGCCUUCUUUGUAUUCUAAUUACUAGAUAACUUUUUUUGGCCAGUGUAGAGAGUUCGGAUGUUUGAUCAUUUUAUAAGUUUCGGCGUGUUCACAAAUUGUUAGACGAAAUGUUACAAUGAAACAUGAACAUAGUAUGUGUGUGUGUGCACCAUACAAUUUUAAGUCAA